AUGCCAAUUUCCAGUGGUUUUUCACAAGAUCCAUAUCCAGAUGCGAGUUAUUAUGUCCGUAAACCAGGUAAAACAGAAAUGCUAGAUGAAGCAAUCUAUUACAAACGUGAUGAACCUUUCGAACGACCUGUUGAAAUUAUUCAUCGACCAGUUGUCAAAGAGACAAUUUUUAUGCCUGAUCGUAGACCACCACCAUUAAUUCAUACUCGAGAUACAUAUGUAGUUUCUCCUCAGCCAGAACCAAUUGCAUAUACAACAACAUCAAAUGUUGCACCUCCAAGAUCAUUUGAUCUUAUUCCGGCGUUAGGAUUAAAUGCUGAUUGUCCAUGUUGGUCAUGGAUAUGUAUUCUUUUAGCUUUUCUCGUGUUACUUGGUCUUGUUGGCAUGUGUUUAUAUUUUAUUCUCAAACGUUAUGAUUAUAUCUAA